CGCGCCGGCCGGGCCAUGCGCGCGGUGACGGUGCUGGGGCUGGAGGGCAGCGCCAACAAGGUGGGGGCGGGGCUGGUGCGGGACGGGCGGGUGCUGAGCAACCCCCGCCGGACCUUCGUGCCCGCGCCGGGCCAGGGGUUCCUGCCAGGGCAGACAGCGAGGCAUCACCGGGGCUGUGUGCUGGCUGUGCUUCGGGAGGCUCUGCAGGAGGCAGGGCUGGAGCCUGCAGAUGUGGACUGCGUGGCCUACACCAAGGGCCCUGGCAUGGGCGCCCCACUGGUGACAGUGGCCGUGGUGGCCCGGACGUUGGCCCAGCUCUGGAACAAGCCCCUGCUGGGCGUCAAUCACUGCGUGGGCCACAUUGAGAUGGGCCGGCUGAUCACGGGUGCCCAGAACCCCACCGUGCUGUACGUCAGCGGGGGCAACACCCAGGUCAUCGCAUACUCGGAGCACCGAUAUCGCAUCUUCGGGGAGACCAUCGACAUCGCUGUGGGCAACUGCCUGGAUCGUUUUGCCCGUGUGCUGAAGAUAUCCAAUGACCCCAGCCCUGGCUAUAACAUUGAACAGAUGGCGAAGAAGGGACAGAAGCUGGUGGAGCUGCCCUACACAGUGAAGGGAAUGGAUGUGUCCUUCUCAGGGAUCCUGUCCCACAUAGAGGAGGUGGCUCACAAGAUGCUGGCAUCAGGAGAGUGCACCCCGGAGGAUCUCUGCUUCUCUCUCCAGGAGACGCUCUUUGCGAUGCUGGUGGAGAUCACGGAGCGGGCCAUGGCGCACUGCGGCUCGCAGGAGGCCCUCAUCGUGGGCGGCGUCGGCUGUAACAUGCGGCUACAGGAGAUGAUGCGGAUCAUGUGCGCAGAGAGGGGAGCCAAGCUGUUUGCUACAGAUGAGAGGUUCUGCAUUGACAAUGGAGCCAUGAUCGCGCAGGCCGGCUGGGAGAUGUUCCGCACAGGGCAGGUGACGCAGCUAGAGGAUUCAUGGAUCACGCAGAGGUACCGGACAGACGAAGUGGAGGUGACCUGGCGCGAUUAACCCCUUCCCUCCCACACAUAGGACAGGCCCCAAAGCGGCUGCUGCCCCCAUGGGGCCGGUGCAGAGCAGGGUGACCACGGCUUGAGGGCCCCGCUGGCUGGAACUCAGCCCUAACACACAAUAAAGACGUUUGCUUUUGUAAA